CGGGAUGGCGGCGCCGUGCUGGGCGCUGCGCUGCUGCUCCUGCCGCCUCUUCCAGGUGCAGCAGGCCAAGCGGAGCCGGAAGUGGAGCUGCAGCGUCUGUGGCCAGCGGCAGGCGGUGCAGAAGGUUUACGGCCAAGGGUCUGGCCUGGAAUGUAGGCACCACGUUCAGAAGUUAAACUUACUGCAGGGUGUGGCAGAGGAAGCAAUUGGUUGGAGAUCUCGGUGUGUAGAAGAAUCAAUAAAUGAGAUUAAAAAUACAACAGCACAACAUGAAGACAGUUCAGUCCAGCAGGAGGGAAGGCCAGGAGUCAGUCGCUGGAGUAAAUACCUGGACAAGGACAGUGAAGAUCAGGAAGAUGGGGAGGAGAAGGCAGGUACAGAAAGGCAACAGUUCUGUUCCCAAGGGAAGAAUACUGUGGAAGAACAAAGGAAACACCAGAUGUUUCUCUCCAGUGAUAUUCAAGAGCAUGCAGAGGAAAACCAAGUUUUUCAGCUUGGCUACCAAGCCAAAAAGCGCAGGAAAUGUUUGGUAGCAGCAACUAAUCAAGAUGGAGAAGGUGCUGUUUCUGCAGACAGUGUGGUUCCUGCUGCCUGUGAGUCUGUAGUGCCUGAGGAGAAUGCACAGACCCCAACCACUUGUACCAAACCUUCCAAGUGGGAAAAAUUCCUUGCGAGUUCUGACUACAGCAAAAAUGGUGCCAGGGUCAUCUCAUCACCACAGGAGGGCAGUGGAAGGUUGGGGCUACACAGCACCACUGCAGCAGGUGCUGGUAUGGCCAGAUGUUCAGCACAGGCUGGAAGAACUCUACCUCAAGGUACAGGUUUUGAGUUCAAGAAGUGUGUUGCUAGCACUGAGCAGCCUGCUUCCAAACUGCCCAGCUCAGCUGAGGAGGUGUUGUGCAAAGACCCUCAAAGCCAGUGGGUAAGGGCAAGAUCUGGUGUCUGUUCUGACAGCAUGAGGAGAUCAAGCACCCUUGUUAUCAGUAACACUGGCCCAGAGCCAAGCAGUGUUUCUUGUGAACACCUCUUCUGCACAGGUGAUGAGUUUGAUGAUGAUCUCUGAGUUCAGGCAUCUUUGGCCUUGAUUUCUUGUUUGUCCCUAUUUUGAAUGUUAAGUGCUGAGGCAAGAGUUUGACCUUAAGCUGUCUUUACUCUGAGCCUUACAGAACUCCAGUAUUAAAGCUGUUUCCUUGCUCUA